GUCAUCGCCAAUCGAACGCGGAGCCGGUGUUUUGCGCAAUGCUGAUUGGUUGAUUUUCACGAAUGGGGCGGGCGCAUCGCUGCCUCCCGGUGACGACACAGUGUGUUCCUGCGCGCCGCCGAUGGGACAGAAGAAGAACUCACCUGGAGCCGGACUGUCCUCCGCAGGUUUUUGCAGUGUUAUUGAGACAGGGGCCAACACACCACUAUGAAGAGUCUGAAGGCAAAGUUUAAAAAGACAGAGAGUCAGGACUGGAGUAAGAGCGACGAGAGGCUCCUGCAGGCUGUGGAGCAGAACGAGCCCGACAAAGUUUCAGCUCUCAUCGUCAAAAAGGGCCUCUGCCCCACCAAACUGGAUGCGGAGGGCAAGUCAGCGUUCCACCUGUGUGCAUCCCGCGGCCGGCUGGACUGUCUGGAGGUCAUCAUCUCUCACGGAGCGGACGUCAGCGUGGCGGAUGGCGCUGGCUUCAGCGCUCUUCACUUGGCGGCCAAAAACGGCCAUUCAGAGUGUCUGAAAAGACUCCUGCAGGAGAGAAUAGCAGUAGACUCCACCGACUCCAUUGGGAGGACACCGCUUCAUCAUGCAGCGGUCAGUGGCUGCUUGUCCUGCUGUGAGACCCUGUGGGACUUUAAAGCCAUUCUGGACAUCCAGGACGGGGAGGGGGCCACCGCUGUGAUCCUAGCGGCCCAGAUGAGCAGAGUGGAGCUGUGUGUCUUCCUGUUGGGCAGAGGUGCAGAUGCAAACAUACAAGACAACCAGGGAAGGUCUGCAUUGAUGCUGGCGUGCGAGAGCGACAGCGUCGAGACCGCAGAGGCUCUGCUGAGAGGCGGCGCCGACACGCAGCUGGUCGACGCCCUGGGACACAAAGCCUCCGACUACGGUGUGACAACGGGCAACCAGCGCAUCAUGCAAAUGUUGCGGGACGGAGCACCUCCAGCUGCUGAGGGCAGAGGCGAAGAGCCCCCCCAAGUCCCCUCAGGCGCCUCAUCAAUGCAAGGGGGCACGACACCUCGCAAGCGGAAAGCUCCGCCGCCGCCACGCUCUCCUCUCCAGAUCCAGGGUUUGCUGCCCUCUCCAAAGCCGCGCAGCCCCUCUUCACCUGCCAGGUCCCCUGAGCCUCCAUCUCCAUCUCCAUCUCCAUCUCCCCAGCCUAGACAAACACAGCAGUCAGCCCAGGCCGAGGAUGAGGAGGUGUUUGAGGAGAUCCGCCGCCUGCGUCUGGAGAGAGGACGACUGCUCCAGAAGAUCAAAGCCCUCGAGCUGCAGCAGCAGAGCGCCCUCACCGCCUUGGAGGAGUUGUCCCAACUAAAGCAGCGUCUAAAGGAGACAGAGGCGGAAAGAGACAAGCUGCUCCAUGAGCUGAAGGGAGGCCACGGCAUUGGGGCCAGUGACUCUGAGGACAUGGAUGAAAUGUUUGACUUCCCAGAGAAGCUGCUCUCCAAGCGCUCCAGAGCCUUUCCUGCUCAGGAUGAGGCCACUUCUAAAGGAGACUCCGAGUCAGCCAACCCCUCCCCUGUCCCCGGGGACCCGGGGACUGUUGCCGAGCUGCGUAAACAUAUUGAGGAACUUGCAUCGCAAAACUCUGAACUAGCUCUGAAAGUGCAGAUGCUGGAGAUGUUCGAGAAGGACGACACAGAUAUGCAGAGCUCCAGCUCGGACUUUGUCCCCGUAGUCCAGUAUGAGACCCUGAGGAAGGAGUUUGAAGCCCUUCAGGAGCGCCAGGCUGCAGGCGAGGCCUCCAACGUGGCAGAGGACUGCAUUGAUGGGAAGUCUGAUGAAGGAGGUGCAGGCGCAGAGAGUGCCGAGGCCCUCCGGGAGAAGCUGCGAGGCCUAGAGGAGCAGUUGGCCACCUCCCGGUCCGAGCUGGAGGAGUUGAAGGAGCAGAUGCGCCUGGGGGUGCUCUCUGUGGAGUGUGGCGAAGGGGAUCCCGCCGCAGCAGGUGCAGGGGCAGCGAGGGGGGCUCCGAACCAGGCGGCGCAGCAGCUGAGCGCGAGGGUGGCCGAGCUAGAGGAGGAGCUUGCCGGGAGACCGGCCGAAGCAGGCGGGCGGAGCAGCCGGGACGGCGUCACGAUCAAGCAGCUGACGGAGAAAGUGGAGGAACUCCGUGCCGCUCUGUCCAGGAGAGAGUCCACGAAAGGAGGAGGGGAGAAAGACGGCGAGGGUGAAAAGACGGUGAAGGCCCUCCGAAGAGUAGCUGAGUUGGAGGCAGCCCUGGCGGCGGGCGGGACAUCGGGGAAAGACGGAGGAAGAGGAGGAGGAGGAGCAGCGGGAGAUGGAGAUCAGGUCCACCGUCUCCAGGAGCGCGUGGGAGAGCUUGAGGGCGAGCUGAGGAAGCGCGUGCCCCGCUCCGAGUUGGAGGAGGUGCAAGUGAGCCUGGGGCUUCAGUGUGAGCAGCUGGCCAGAGAAAGGGCGGACGUGGCUAGAAGGCUCAACAAUGCGCUCCUGGAACUGGAGAGACUCAGGCCUCCUCCACGCGCAGAUGAUGGAGAGGAGGAGGAGGAAGAGGAGGAGCUUUCAGAGAGCUCCGAGCCCUCGGGCAUAUCAGAGCACUCCAGACGGACCAUGGCGGCAGUGAGGGAAGAACUGGAGGUGGCGAGGCAGGAGGCCGCCCAGGCUCUGGACUGUCUGUGCGCCGAGCGGGAGGGCCGGGCACAGGACGCCCUGCACCUGAAAGACGCAGUGCCACUCCUUAAACAUAAGGAGGCGCUGUCUGCGGCAUCAGAGCAGCUCGCCGAGGCUCUGCAGCAGCUCCAGGAGGAGAAGACCCUUCGCAGUCAGGCUGAGGAGCGGGCGGCCGGACUGGAGGCCAAACUUCAGGCCUCGCAGGAUGCCGUACCCAAAGAGGAGCAUGAGAAAGUCAAGGCGGAGCUCCAGCGCUCCCUACAGGCCAGCGAGAGCACGGCAGCAGCAGCCAAGGAGGCUCUUCUCGAGAAGGACAUGGAGCUGAGGGAGCUGAAGUCCCAGAAGGCCUCGGAACAGGGCCUGAUCUCCAAGGAGGACCACGAGGCCCAGCGGCUCGCUCUGCAGGCCGAGAUCAACGCCGCCGCGGCCCGUUUCAACGACCUCACUCGCAAACACGAGAAGACCUGCACGGAGGUGUUCCAGGUGCAGAGGGAGGCUCUGUUUAACAAGAGUGAGCGGCAGGUCGCCGAGUCGCAGCUGGCCGCGUCUCAGCAGCAGCUGGCCGAACUGCAGGCGCAAUCCAGCCACAUCCAGGAGCUCCACAAGGGCAUCCAGGAAUCCCAGGGCCUGGUCAAAGAGAAGGACCGCAGGAUAACGGAGCUGUCCAAGGAGAUGUUUCGGUUAAAGGAGGCCCUGGGUGCUUUAUCGCCUCCUCUAGGCAUCACCGCCUCCACCUUCUCCUCCGCAUCCACCCAUCACAGUAACCCUGGGCAGCAAGUGGCCCUGCAGAACAGGAUCUCCAUACUGACGCAGCAGCUCCAGGAUUGGGAGAGGAAGCACAAACAGGUGGUGACCGUUUACCGUACGCAUUUACUGGCAGCUGUACAGGGCCGAAUGGACGAAGACGUGCAGGGUCUACUGCUCCAGAUCCUGAGGAUGUCACAGCAGGGACAGUGAACCUCAUAACGUCUGCAAAUCUCUCUUCACCUCCAGUCCCUUGAAAGGUCAGCAUGUGACGGCUGCAGCUCGGCGACCUGUGGGACCAGCGUCACAGGGACCUUAUCCAGGAAGCCAAAUGCAACCGGCAUAGCUGCAUGUGCACAAUACAGCAACUUAAGCGACAGCCGGCAGGCUCGACCGAUAAGCAAACAGUGAGAAAUCGAGUGCCUUAGUGGUCGGCUUUACGGCAGCCUAUAAGUCAGGGGGGCGUGUGGUAGCAGACAGUGAGUGUAGAAUGUAGAAGAUGUGUGACAAGCAUUUUGAUUUUAUACAACAUUAUUAUAAUAAAAAUUAAAAAAAAAACACCCGCAAUGCUGUUGAUCCUGUUCUUUCCCCUCGCUUUGUAUGAUGCAACAAACAAUAGGUUUCCAAAGCAACAGCUUCAACACCGUCGUUCGCAUCUAUUUUGGGGCGAUGAAAAUCUGAAGUCUUAAACUGGCUGAGCAUGUGAGCACGGACAGCUGGGCUCGAAGGUGUAGCUGCUACAUUGGCUGGCAGAUACUCACAAAUGACCAAGCUACCAUUUGAAUUGCACCCUAUUUACAAUUAGUUUUAUUGACAAAAGGCCAUUAAUCAAAGAACAGAUCCAACAAAUUCCUGAGAAAGCAAAAGGGGAGAUCUAAAAAUAAUCCCACUGAUCACUUGGACCUCACCAAAAGCCUCGUAGCCCCAGUGAGGCUGUGAAGGGCCUGGUUAAAGAUAUGUUGCUAAUGACCAAGAGAAAUGAAAACCGUAGCUGAUCUGCCUCUGGUAGGAUUUUUCGGUAUUAGACUGGCAAGGCGUGCUGUCACUGCAGCCAGGCAGCAGGAACACACGAGCAAGGUUCACUAGUAAACACACAGAUGCACAGGCUUGGACAAUUGACAAAAUGGUGCAUUUCCCUGACAAAUAAAGUAUUUAAUUUCA